ACCUUAAAAUAGUUUUAGAGAGAAAAGAAAAGUAAGUAGUUCGAAAAACAAAAGAGUUUGCCCCUUUCAUGGCACUAAGAAACACAAGAAUCCUAUUGAGAGAGUUUGAGAGAAAAUCUUUGAACACUUUAGCCGCUUCUCCGGUGGUUCUCGGUUCGGUGACGACUUCCGUCACUGCCGCCGACCCUUGUUCAUUUGAUUUAACAACACCAGUUACUACCAAAGCAGCGUCGCCAACGGAAGAAGAUACCACGACAUCAGAGAAAGCUAGACGGUCUGAGAUAAAUUUGGAUUUUAACGAUGGGAAGAAACUUUUCUCGUCGGUGACGACGGGGAAGUUGAUAAGAUCAAUGUUGAAUCAACAAAUGGCUUCUUAUGAACCUAUUGUUGAUGUUGGUAUCAAAGUAAUGAGAUCAAGAUUGGUGGAAACUAUGAUUGUUAAGGAUUUUAUCAUGUCGAUGGUUAAACAUACAUUUUAUGAUCAUUUCUGUGCUGGUGAGAAUUUAGAUGAAGCUAAAAAAACUCUUCAGAAACUUUGGAAUGGUGGGUUGAAAGGAAUUAUGGAUUAUGGUUUGGAAGAUGCUACUGAUAAUGCGUCGUGUGACCGGAAUUAUAAUGAGUUUCUUAAGAUUGUCGAGACCACCAAAUUACUUCCUCCUUCCUCUGUAAGUUACGCAUGUGUAAAGGUGACGGCAAUAUGUCCGAUAUCUCUGCUAAAAAGAGUAAGUGAUUUGCUAAGAUGGGAACAUAAAGAUUCUUCAUUUCAUCUUCCAUGGAAAGUUGAUACAUUGCCAAUGCUUGCCGACUCAAGCCCAUUCUAUCAUACAAUGAGUAGGCCAAACCAUUUAACUCCAAGUGAAGAAUAUGAUCUUCAUCAAGCUCACCAGAGACUAAUCAAGUUGUCUGAGAAAUGUUUAGAGUCGAAGCUUCCGUUACUCGUUGACGCCGAAUACUCGUCAGUUCAACCAGCUAUUGAUUACUUAACAUAUUCAACAAUGAUAAGGAUUAACAGAGAUGGGAAUAGAAUUGUCCAUGGAACAAUACAGACGUACUUCAGAGAUGCAAAAGAGAGACUAAUUCAAGCCACAGAAGCUGCUGAAAAAAUGGGUGUCACGUUAGGACUUAAGUUAGUAAGAGGAGCUUAUCUAUCGAGCGAAUCGCAAUUAGCUUCUUCUUUAGGAUUUCCAUCGCCAAUUCAUAGAAGCAUUCAAGAUACGCACGCAUGUUACGAUGAAUGUGCUUCGAUUAUGCUCGAGAAAGUCGCUCAGGGUACUGGAGCGGUUGUUCUUGCUACUCAUAACAUUGAGUCAGGGAGAGCGGCAGCGUCGAAAGUGGAGAGUUUAGGAUUAGAAAAGAGUAGUGAGAAAGUGCAGUUCGCACAAUUGAAAGGAAUGGCAGAUGGGUUGUCAUUUGCAUUGAAGAAUGCAGGUUUUCAAGUUAGCAAGUAUCUUCCAUAUGGACCAGUUGACAUGGUUAUACCUUAUCUGCUCAGGAGAGCUGAAGAAAACAAAGGCCUUUUGUCUGCUUCAACUUUUGAUAGGCAACUAAUGAGCAAGGAGGUUACAAGGAGAUUGAAAGCUGCGGUAACGCCUUCAACCAGCCAGUAAAGCCCCUGGCAGUGUCUUUUUUUUUUUUUUAACUUCCUUAGUAGGAAGAUUAUAUUAGCUAAAUGUACUUUAAAGCACCCUAUGUAAAAUAGUCUAGUAAUAUUGAUAUGUAAUUUCGCCAAUGAAAACAAAAAAUACUUUGAGUGAAGGUAUGGUAGUAUCUCUGUAAGAAUCUCCCAGUAUCUUCAAGAUUCAGUAUUAAAUUAUUACAUGGACUUUAUACAGCA